AUGCGGGCUAUGUAUCUUUGCAUUAUGAUUGGUGUCAUCUUUGGCUUCGACGGUGUCUUCCCUCUCACUGGUAUGUUCAACUAGUCUACCCUACCAAUUUAGUAUUUGAACAUUUUACGAUAAAAAUUUAUUGAGUUACCCAAAAGUUAAGGGACGCUAAAAAAUAAUUUGAACGUUUUGAAUGGCACUUUCAAGCGAUUGAAAUCACUUUUUUUGUGUGAUAAAAUAAAGACCCAUUAAAAGGUUUAACGAAUUCUGAGUUAGACUAGUCUUCUAAAAUGCAAGCAGAACAACAGAACAAUGGACAACUAUGCCCCUAAGGAGAGGUGAAAAGCGUCGGAUGUACACCGAGACGUGGCUUGUAGAGUAUAUGUUUUAGCAUACAAUAUAAAAGCAUAAAACAUACUGGGGACUUCAUAUUUGUAGCCCCAGUACUUACAUGUAAUACAUUCCUUGUUGAUCGUAUUCAGGUUGCUUUCAUUUUAAAAUGAGAUGCAGAGUUUACGGUUUUUACAGUGUUUUUAGUCAAAACUAAAUUAAAUUUAUGACAAAGUUUUCUCACUCAUCCCCUGUCAUACUUGGAACUUUACUAUUGUUUUUGGUCAUUUUUUGACUGAACACCGGGGAUUCGAUAUAGUAGUAGCCUGCGAAUACAGCCGUUUCUCGUUGCUCCUCGCCACUAACGACGUAUCGCCAGGAGGAAACGUCCCUGACGGGGAGGAGCUAAUGGAAACGGCUGUAUUCGCAGUCUAAUAUAGUAUCAGACUAGGUUUACAUAAAGCAGAGCCAUUGUUUCAAGGUUUGCUCUAAUUCCGAUGUGCUUUUAAGGUUUUAAAGUAAUAACGGAAAAUCGUGACUUAGCUCCUUCAACUUUUCUCUAUUACAGAUUACGCUCUUGAAUUUCCAACCGCUGGGGUCAACAACUAUGUAAACAUCUGGGGGAUGCCCAGUUUGACACAGUGGACGGUUUGCUUUUGGAUGAAAUCAAGUGACAGUACCACCCGUGGAACAGCCUUUAGUUACGCUGUUUCUGGAAUGGACAACGAAAUUCUUAUCUUUAACUAUAAAAAUUUUCACAUCCACGUUCAUGGAACUGUCCGGUGAGUUUAACACUUUGUCUGUUGAUACGAUGUGAUGAUCUUGUAAAAUUUUUCAAAAGAAUGAAUUAGUUUUUAAAAAAAGCUCCGGGUGUGACAGCUUAAACCAUAAAGGAAGGGAUCACAAUGGAUAGAAGCUUUCUGCGCGACGAGUCCUGGGAUCUUUUUGAUAGGACAAGCGUUAUGAUUGGUUUAUGUUUGCCUUGAAUACCAUCGACCAAUCAUAACUAACGCUCGUCCACCCAACAAUCCCAGAAAUCACUGCGCCCAAAGCCUGUACCCAUUCUCUCAUAUGUUUUUUUCAGCGCGCGAAUCUUUUCACUUGCGUUACAGCGGCCAUGUUUAAUUUUAAAAAGUCGAGGAAUUAAGCCCCACCUCAAUUGUGCCAUUCUACUCUACUCAAUCUUUGUCAGUGAAAAAGUGAAAAAUCCAAAAUGAACAUACACAGGCAGCUUUCUGUAGCUUGCAUUGCAGGCUAGUUUCAUAUAUUUUCAAUGCCGCUUUAUUUAUUAAAUAAUUGUGAAACAACUGUUCAAUGAACAAUAUUAACAGUGGUCUUGAGUAAUUAAUAAUAGUAAUACUGUCUAAUUAUCUGUUAAACAAUAGGCACGUCAAAGGAAGUGAAAUCUCUUUGAGAAAGCAAUCUCGUCCCCAGAGCGCUUUUCCCUGUUUGAGAAAGCUUUGCACAGUAGCACCCAAACAGUUGUAUCUUGUACCAGAAAAAAAUGAAAACCGCAGAUCUCAGGGGGGUACUCGGGAUUUCAAGCCAGACGGGGAUGAUCAAAGGAUUGUGGUGGGUUUGAAAUUUUCGUUUCCGGUUUUUUUUUGCUAGGAAAAUGUGGCAAGUAUUUUUUCGGGCGGCUUGAUUUAACUGGGGAUUUUUGGGGGGUAUUCCAAACAAUCUGAAGAUUUGUGAUGAAAAAGCCAAGAUGUUCUUGGCUGUCUCGAGUGCUGUUAAAAUGACUACCAGAUGCGGAAAGAUAACUUCAGAUACUAUGAUAAAUAAGCAAACAGAAACAUUCAAUUUCUAAUGUUUUUAUUUUUCGUGUUAUAUCCAUUGAUUUUUGGAAUUUUAAAGGUUCGGAAAUUCAGAAGUCUUUUACGCAGGCGAUUUUAGGAGAGCUCGUAUUUGGUUGGCUCCCCACAAGGCAGCACGACUGAAAUACGAGCUGCUCCCUAAAAAUGCCUGAGUGGGAAGCUAGAAAUUCAGCAUAGGAUUUUUGGGGGUUAAUUUUUGAUAUAGCGAUUUGUUUGGAUUUUGUUGGAAGCCCUAGGGAUUUUUUUGGUUUUCAUUUUUGGCCCCAUUCGAUCCCCGUCACUUGAACCCAGAGUAUCCCCGCCUCCCCACCCAACCCGGGCUGCUGUAGCCAUAGUCUCUGUAAAAUAUACAAAUAAAUAAUGGAGCAUAUCCAUCUGGACAUUAUUCUCCAAACGUCUAUCAUAAGCGUAAUUAUAUUGUUUGUUUAGUUUCGCUUAGCAUUUUUUCCGCGUUAUAACAGUCAAAUUUUCAUUGCAGUGAAACUUCACAAUCAGCAAAUGAUGGUAAAUGGCACCAUAUCUGUCAAUCAUGGGAGAACAAAGACGGUUCGUGGAGAUUCUAUAAAGAUGGAGUCGUUGCAUCUCAGGGAACUGGUUUAAAGACUGGUCAUGUUAUCAAAUCAGGAGGAUCUAUAACCCUUGGUCAAGAGCAAGAUUUUCUAAGAGGUGGCUUUGUAGGAACACAGAGCUUUGUGGGAAUGAUGACAAACGUCAACGUCUGGGAUCACGUGCUGUCUAUUGCACAAAUUGAGCAGAUGUCAAAAUCGUGCCUGUCAGGGGAGGGGAACGUCUACAAGUGGUCUGAUUUUAUUUAUGGCCGCGAAGGGAAAGUCAGAGUUUUUAUUCCGUCUCCUUGUAAACCGCUUAGUGCUUAG